UUUAGCGGACUGAAUACAUUUUAAUGUUUGCAGAUAAAGCUACUACUAAACAGUGUACUUAUUCGAAUACCUUUAAUAAAUAAAGAUCACAUUAAUGUAACCGAGUUUUUAACAAGAAAUCGUCACCUUUCACUUAUUAGAUUCAACGCCAGUUUCCCGAUACUUGUACCACACCUACAAGCAAUACAUUGAAAACCCAAAAGGGGAAGCUGAUAAACGAUAAAAGAACCACAGGAUUCACACAAUAUGAAAUUAAAAUUCUACUUUUCACACGAAUGCUUUGAUAAAGUGACACUUCCUGGCAAGCGAGUGACCUAUUUGUCAUUGGUUGAUUACGUCAACAGUGCAGUUUUGCUUCUGGCCGAAAAGAAUCCACCCAACAAAAGACACACAAAAAAACACGCGAUUGUGCUCUAGAACAUCAAAUUCGAAUGUGCUUGUCGCUCAAAAGCUAUCGCUCCAUUUUGAAGACGUGAGCAGUUGCGAGUGGAUAAUAUAGCGAGAACGUAACCGCGUGAACACCGACCGGGGACAGCGAAGCCCGACGGCCGAAUGAUUUUUGAGGCGUACAGACUGGAAGAGGGGUCCCCGCGCGGUGGGGCGUCGGUCUCCGUCCUUGUUUCCGAGCGUAUAGCAUAGCUAACUUGCAGCCGACAGUCGUCGCCCGCUCCUGAGAGGUGUAAGAGAAACGAGACCCAGGAAUAAUAAUUAUAACAAAGAACAUUGCUGGCCCAUAGCAGAAUGUGCGACAGUUACAACGCCGUGUGUUCAUUCGAUUAAUAUUAUUUCGUUACCGAUUGUAGAAUAGCAAAAGCCGCCAAAAUGGAGUCGGAUUACGAUCGGAAGUUUGAGGAGAUGAAGAAGUACAUUCCAUUCCUGGAGAGCAUGAUCAAAAGGCUGGAGAGCAACAGGAGUGGAAGCGUCAACCCUCGGCAGGCGCAGCUGGAUAAGAUCAAGUCCCUGAGGGACCUCCUGCAGGAUGAGAAGAAAAGAAUGAAAAUGGAGAACUUAAACAAAUGCGAACAAGUGCUGGUCAAUUUGUACGCUAAGGUAGAACAGAAAGAUGCUAUACCAGAAAAAUCUGCAUCAGGUCCGGCAUACUCAAGUAAUUCCAAACAGAAAGACGAAAAAGCUUUAGAUUCUGCAAGGAACAAACUUAACUCUAUUUCGAAAGAUCUGGUUGAUAAUAAAGACACUUUGCCUGAAAUAGCUAGAGCUAGUGAAAUCGAGGAAAUUUGCACGCCAGGCAGUAAAGAACCAGCGCUAUUCCAAAGGAGACCAAAUUUAAAGAAAUCCGCAUCCCCUACACGUAAAGCCUCAAUCAGUCCGAAGUCUACGUCUAAACGUAACUACACUCGUGUUUUGGUGUCUCCAGAACCACGAAGCAAAUGGGAUGAACCCAACCCAAACCCGGAUAAGCCCUUAUUCAGCCGUAGGUCACCUCGACGGUCCCCCAAAAGAGUAUCGCCUGCUUACCACAAAAAAGAAAGAAAAAAAUCAAAGAGUCAGAAGUCCAAAGGUCUGAACAUCACAUUGAACGUGCCACAAGAAACUUUGGAUUCAUUAAACACUAAAGAUAUACUUACACGUAUCAUGAAGUGUAACGAUAAUGACGUGGACAUUGAAACUUUAAGAGAAGCAAAAAGACAGAUACUGAGUGAGUUAAAUCAGACUGGUGCGAAUUGUGAUGACAUAUCCGAUUUAUUACUUAAGUCUUAUAAAGACAGUAAGAAGAAUAAAAAUUCUAAAAAGAAAAAAGAUGACGUUGAGGAAGGGGAGCUGUCUGACAGCGAAAGUGAAGCCAUUGAAAGCAUUUAUGGAGAUGUUUUACUUGAUAAUAAGGGUAAGCAAAGUUCAUCAAGCAAAGCUAAAACCUCUGAUGAUAAGAGGAAGAUACAGAUAUGUCUUUUACUCAAUUCUGAUAAAGAUGUAAAUGCCAGUGAGUCAUCCAAAGCCGACGAGAAAGGGCCCAAGGAUUUAAAUGAGACAGAUCCAUCUGAUUUUCAAAUGUAUGAUCAAAAAAGCGCCGAGGCGAAAGCUAAUCUUAGCAAUAUGGAGAACCAAUUAGAUAUGAGUAAAGACGAAACUGAGAAUAGUGCCACUAAUGCCGAUAUAAAUAAAAACGUGUCUGAUACACAAGAAAAGGAUAAUGUUGUUAAGCCAGCUAACUUUUACAAGCCAUUAGAGUCUUCAUCUAAUGAUAAAAUCGAGAAGGAUGCCUCGGCGACUACUGAUGCUGAAAAGUCAAGUACUUCUGAAAAAGCAGCAAAAACUUCAAACGAUAAAUCUGUGAACUCCUCGAGUCCAAAUGACUCUAAGGAAACAAAAAGUCAGGUUGAAAUACCUUUACUAAAUGAACGUCCAGUUUCGGAUGAUAAACCUGCUGUAUCAGAAAUAGAUAUAUUGCAAGCUCUAAAGAAUGAAAUACUAAGUGAAUCUCUAUCGAUUCCUGGAUCAGAAACCGUGACGCCACUAUUACAUCAACCAAAACUUACAAAAGUUGCUAGUGCCCAAGAAAUCGCACCGAAAAAACGAAUUUCUUUUGAGAAAUAUAAAGAAAAGGCCACAACACCGGCAAAAGCCACCACUCCGCUUUUUAUAAAAGACUCAUCACAAAGUUCAAAAGAAGAUUUAGCCAAGAAACAAAGUCUUAAAUUGACAAUGAAGGAAUGUGAACGAUUCAAUUUCCCUACUAAGCUAGCGUUAGAUGAAGAUGGCGUAUCUGAUGAUGAAGAUAGUCAGGACAAAGUUUCUUUAGAUAAUAUUUAUGAUGACAUCGCUCCGCAAUCGCCUGAUAAUAAAAAUGACGGCAAUGCUACGAAUGCAACUAAACCACCAGUUAUAAUACCUGCAGAGUCCCUUCAACCCGCAGCCGCGACUGCUACAGGCGACGUUGAUAUGAGAACAUUAAUGCCACAAGUAUUACUUCCUCAAUUUCCUAGCCCAAUACCAAACAAAGAUGUCAGUAUUGAAAACAAAACUAAGAAUGAAGAGAAAACGAAAAAGCCUUUAGAUCCUCGAUUGAGAAAAGAUUUCAACCAAUCUGCAAACGUAGAAUCUUCCUCAUUUCCUAUUCAACCACUCAUGGCUACACCAAUCGGUUCUCCCUUUCCUCACAUGAUGAGUCCCGAUAUAAGAUGUGUGCCACCUGUACUUAACUAUUUCCCUAAUAUGACCCCUAGUAGAGCCCCAUUGACUCCUAGUGUAAACCCUAGUAUGACGCCCUCCAUGACACCAAUCAUGACUCCAAAUGCACGAACUUAUGAUAUACCUGCCAUUCAAAACGAGGAAAAUGCGGCUCAGAAACAUGUUUAUGCCCCGAUGUUUAUGCCGUUUGAUCAACGAGAAAAUGAAAGUUCAGUUGCUAAAGAAAUAAGACCUAAUUACAAACCUGAAGUAGAAAAUAGAAAAUCCAGGUGGAACCCUGCUAAAGACGUCAACACGACGCGAAAAUGGGAAGAACACGAUUCUAGGUCAACAUCUGCACAGAGAGAUGCUCCCGAUUAUCAGAAGUCGCGAUUUAAUGACAACAAAUAUAACAAUUACAACAAGUUUCAGAAAACUUCAGGAUACAAUAUUGAUAGAAGAGAUUCUUUGAAUAGAUUGGAAUGUCCCACAACCCCCGUUCAUCCCUUCGGUCGGUCAGAUUGUCCUCUCACUCCGACGCAUCCAUUCGGUCGACUUGAGGCUCCAAUGACGCCUUUGCCAUCUUUUGGCAGAUCAGAUUGUCCCUCAACACCCAGUUAUCAGUUCGGUCGAACAGAGUGCCCUCCAACGCCAAGCCAUUCCUUCGGGAGAUCAGAUGCUCCCACGACGCCGAGUCAUCCUUUCGGCAGAUCAGAGUGUCCUACUACGCCUAGUCAUCCAUUCGGACGUGGCGAAAUGCCAAUGACACCAAGUCACCCGUUUGGCAGAUCAGAUAAUACUGUCAGGGAUCCAAGGCUAAAUAGAAGUAAUGAUUUUGAUGGUUAUCAGAAGAACGAUAGGGAUCGCAAUAGUUACUACAAAGAUCGUAAUUCGUCGAAUUACUCUUCUCACAACGAUAGGUACGGUGGGUCCGAUUCUUACAGAUCACACAGAGAACAAAGUGUUGGUCGAGAUGACAGAUAUAGUAAAUACUCGCCUCGUGAUUCGGACCAUCGUCAAUUUAAUAGAGAAAAUAGAUCUCGGCGCGAGCCCAGUGUCGGUCGCGUGGCGGGAAGAGAUAACGAAGAGGAUCGGUUUUACUCGCGAGAGCGCAGCUACGGGCGUAAGGGUAACGAUUACCGUAACGAUUGCGACAAUUCCAGAGGGAAUAGUGAAUACGGGGUAAGAAAAGGGUUUUACCGCGAACGCAGUAUUGGAAGAUCAACACCUGAUGAAAGACAGCACCCUCCUCAUAGAGCUACCAGUGUAGGUAGAAGUUUUUCACAGGACGAUGAGGAAAACAGACUAUCCGUCAAGCCCCACGUUGGAAGAUCGUUUACUAUUGAUACUAGUGUCACAACAACAUUCCAAGAUUUCCUAGACACCGGGCGAAAAAUGCAAGUAUUCGAUUAUUCGUUCGAUAGCCGUAAACAACGAGCAUCGAGUGUCGGACGAUCUUUGUGCCGCGAGCCUAGUGUCGGAAGGACAGUGUCUCAAAAGCGAAACGAACAUAAUGAGACCUAUGAAGACACGAAAAGAAACAACUUUAGGCGUGCUUGCAGCGUUGGUCGAGAUUUAGUAAGUUCAAAAGCAGAAAAAAGUUUUAAAGAUAUAAAAGCGGAAUUUCAUUUAUUUAAAUCUCAAUGUGAUGCUAGAGAAACCAAAGUAGCGAAAACUAGUGUUGCUGCAAUAGGUAAGCGACAAGCAGAGACUUCAAAUAAAAGGCAAAGCCGAAUUGAUUUACAUGAAAGUAAAGUAAAGAAAGGGCCAGAGAAUAGUACGAAAAAACCCUAUUCGCCCAGGAAAAACAAUCGAGAUCCCAGGUUACGUAGAGAUUUUAAUGAUUUUAAAAGUAAAGACAGUAAAAAUGAUUACAAUCGGAGAAAUUCUGGCAUAGUAUACUCAAAUGACAACAUAAGUAAAGGUACUAUUUUGGGUUCAGGAUAUGGUGUUAAAAACUACAAAAUUCCAAAAAUUAAACGACCUGAGCCUGAAGUAAUAAAAACUGAUAAAAUUGAACCUGAAAAGAAAUCAAGUGACCCUAAAUUGGAGGCAAUGAAAAAGAACGUUCAAGGCAAAGGCGAGGAAAGUAAAAAUAGCUUAAUUGAACUAUACAUGAGGACGCAGAAAAAAGAAGUCCCGACAAAAAGAAGCGUAGAAAAAUCAGUGCCAAUACAAGAGAAACCAAAAAAUGUAAGUGCUAAUGAUAAAGUGGUAAAAGUGAAUAAAAAACAAAGAGUAGAGAAUAAAGCAGAAACCAAAAAAAAUGCCGAUAUCCAGGAAAGUGAUUUGGAAAAAGAUGACAAUGUAGAGUUAAAACGAAUUACUAGAUCCAGUAGAAAAAUCGAAAAAUCGCAACCAAAUAACAAAUCUAGAGCUAAAAAAGCGGUUAUCUAUGAUACAGACUCUGACGAAGAAACAUUAAACGAGAAGUUAAAUAAGACCAAUACAGAAACCUUGAAUGUUAAAAGUGAUACUAAAACUGAGACCAAAAAACUCAAUGAAGAAAGAACCGUUGUCACAAAUGACGAUUCCAACACUGGCGAUUUGGACUCCAGUUUUGGCAUUGAUGAUUUGGAAAUGUUCUCCGAUAACAUUGUCUCAGACCCAGUUAUGGAUAAUAUAAAUGCUCUUAUAGCAGAUUUGGACAACGACUUGGGGCCCAAUAAAAUGGUAACACCAACUGAUUUUUCUGAAGACAUUUCUCUUGAAACCAUGUUGGAAAGUAUAACAAGUCAAGGGAAAGAGGACACAAAGUCGUUAAACGAGGAAGAGUCUCUGAAUAUAAUUUCUGAGGUUAUCAAAGAUGAUUUAAAUCAGUCUAAAAACUUUGACCAACUAAAGUUAUCGCAAGAUAGUCAAGAGAUUACAUUAAACACGUCAACAACUAAUGUAAAUGUAAUGAAGCUUGAUGAAACAGUAAAAGAAGCAGUUGCUGAGCUUAAAGAGUCUCCACAACUGAAGACCGAUGAUUUGAAAGAUGAGUCAUUGGUAUCUGCUCAAGAUUCAAAUAAAAAACCGCAAAGUUGCGAUGACUUGGUUACCACAAGUGGAAAUGAUACCGUAGAACCAACUGAUAAGAUGGAAGCCACGAAUAUAGAACAGAAUAGAAGUUCUACACCUGACAGUACCAUAAACACUAAUGAAUUGGCUCAGGAAAAAUCAUUAAGUCAACCAGAGAGCAUCCCCGACAGUACCAAUGAAGUUCAGAAUGAACACAGCUCUAUUGUGUCAUCAACACACGAUAACUCUGAACCAACCUCUUCUAACAAAGAAACAACACCGGCAUUGGAUUCAAUAGGAAAUAUACUGUCUCUUUUGCAAAACAAAUCGAAAAUUAAGGAGUUGCUGAAUAUGCUAGGCGAGCAGUCUUCUGACAAUGAUAAGAUUAAAAAGAAACUAGAAAAACUGAGUGAGAUAGUUUCUGAUGAAGAUGAUGAUUCGAGAGAUGUCAACGAUGACUCUGAAGCUAUUAAAAAACACGAUAACGAGGAAACAGCAUCUGUUGUCAGUGAAAAAGAGGCAAAGCUUACAAACGAAGAGGAUCUCAUUAACGAUGAUUCUGGAAAAAAGUUAACAGGUGAUGAAUCUAGUGAUAAACAAACAGAAGAUGACUCGAGUAUUAAGCAAAAAGAGGAUAGUUUGAAGGAUGACUCAAAAGAAGAAAUUGACCAUGAAGAUAACCUAAAAAAUGAGCUUAAAGGAACCAUGAGCCCAAAGAAAACUGCUAAAAAAACCUCAAAAAAUUUGGCUGAUGAUGAAGAGAAAACAAAUAAAACUACUGAAAGCGAAAAAAUAGUUGAAACUGAAAAAACAGAUACAACCUUAGAAGAUGAAAAUGAAGAAGAAGAAAUAACUGAACCUACUUUGACAGUCAAAAAAGGGCCAAUUAAAAAAGGAAAGAAAAGAAAUGCAAAGUCGAAGCCUGCUAAGAAUAUUGUGUCUAAAGCGAAGAGAGUUACAAGAUCUUCCAAAGGUCCAACCAAGAAAAAGCGAUCUAAUGAAUUAAUAAAAUUGCAAGAAGAUAUAAAAGAGAUGUUUAUGAGAGAUGACGUACUGAAUGCUACAGGAAUUAGAAUGUGUCGUUUAGCGAAACUGGUAGACGAUAAAAAAGAAGAGACUCCUACUGAAUCUGAACCAGUUGUUGUCAUGGAAAAAUCUAAAGAGGUAGAGACAUUCGAAGAAACACAGACAGACAAAGCCAGUAAAGUGAAAAUCAAGCCGAAAUCUAAACCAAAAAUACAACCUCUUCCAGAAAUUGAAAAGAAACCAAACAAAGUAAAGCCAUCAAAGUACAAACCAGGACCUAAAUCGAAAACCAAACAACAAAGAAAGGACGAGGACGCUGAUGAUCCUUAUGCGUUUGAAUCUGACUCUGUCAGCGAUAUUUUGAAUGAGGAAGCAAGUAUCAAAUCCUAUGAUGGCAAAGAGGACUCGAGUUCAGAUUCAGAGAAUGAAUCAUUAGCUUCCUCUAGAAGCAUCGGAAGUUCAGAGUUACUUUGUGAACUGAAAAAGAAACCUAAACGCAAGCGAUUUAGCUGGCAGUCUGGCAUUAUAAAAAAGACGAAAAGGAAGAAGCCUGACGCCAAACAAACUGAAGUUUCCUUAAACGACGACAAACUAAUCCAAAAGAAGGUCACCAUACCUGAUCUCAACUGCUUCACAGAUAAGUCGUAUUGUUUCCGUAAAGAUGUGUUUGAAUAUCCAUGCCGUCUAUGCGAAUAUGUUGGUACAGAAAUAGUGCACCAUUACAAAGAGGAACAUCCUCAUUCGGAAAUACCCCUUUCUCGUAUGAACCCAGAAACAGCCAGAGAAGCGAUCGAACAAUGCGAAGAUAUUAAUUUCCAAGCAGUCAGUAAAAUACCUACUGACAAAUACGUAUGCAGGUUCUGUUAUAAAGAGUUUGGCAAGUCGAGAAAAGGUGGGGUUUUGGAAUCUUUCUUUUGGCAUGUAGUUAGUGUGCACACUGGAGAGUAUAAAAAACUGUGUUCGGAUUGUAUGAACGUCACAAGAUGCCCGUUUAAUUUAGACAUUCCGCCUCCUCCCAAAGAUGUGAAAGGGCAACUUAUAGGGUAUAUUUGUGAGAAAUGUAAUUUCACACAAAUAUCAUUGGAGAAUCUUAAAACUCAUGUAAUUGUUCGACAUAACGAUGAGCAGACAGAGGUUUACACCAUUAAUUUGGCGGUUAUGUCUAAGAAAACAAUAAAUGCACUUUUAAAGAAAUACAGUGCAGCUGCAUCAUCAGAUCCCGAGCCGAGAGUGCUGAGAAGCUCGCGCUCGAAUCACAGCUUGGAAGCUAGCGAUGAUCGCAGCGAAGAUCGCAGCUUAGAUCGCAGCAGAGAUCGCAGCGAAGAUCGCAGUGAAGAUGACACUGACAGUGAUCACACGAACGAACCGAUCGCUAAGAGAAUAAAACGCAAGAGUAAAAAAUCACGUGUGUCUAUUGAAGUACCGCCUAAAAGCUCUUUACAGUCAAAAAUAACGUUUGAAAACGAUGAUAAUCUUAGCGACAACAUGUCGACUGGAGCGGACAGCGUGAGCACUAUCAAGGUUGAACGAGAAGAUCUUGUGGAUGAUAUACGAAACGAGCAAUUAACUAACACGAAAAAAGCUCAAGAUCCUCCGGAGACUGCUCCAGAAACCUUCGUGCCCGAAGCGCCCGCUGCAGCUGAAAUCGAGACGUCUCAAACUAAUUCUUCAGAUGACAUUUUCCCGUAUCCCCACUUCAAAAUAAGUUUCACAGAUGCAGGCCUAAAAGAGUAUGUGUGCUGCAUAAAUGGCGUCGAAAGUCAUUAUAAAACCACUUUGCUGAUAUCAAUGAAAAAGCACGUACAAACAAAGCACUCGGAGUUGUGGGAUGGAUACUGCUUCGUUUGUAAGGUGAUCGUCACCCCGCAAGGGCGGCAUGACUUCAGAGAAUGCUUUCAGCACUACCUCGAUGCGCAUAUUGACAACUUCCCGGUAUUAGAGAAACCGGUUCCGGUCGAACCGGCACCAGAACCAGAAGUUAUCACACCCCCUAAGCCUAAGAUAAAUGUUCGUCCUCUGUCCGAGCUUAUAAGCAUUGACGAACCAAUUGCUGCUGAGGAAUUGCCACCUCUGCCGAAGAUCGAAAGCAUCGUCAGCUUGAGCCUUCAGCCGGAGUUGCCCACUGGAGACGACCAGUCUAGCUACGAGCUGCCAACAGAGCCGGAGCCGGAACCGGAGCCGGAGCCAGAACCGGAGCCUGAACCGGUGAUCCCGUUGAAGUACGAGGAAGCGCAAGCCGAAGUGAUGUCGCAGAAGCAGCAGGUGGUCUUAGACACCAUGAAGUCCAAAGAAAAGCUGAUGCACGUGUAUAAGUGUGCUGGCCGCUACUGCUCUUUCUCAACUGACUCCGUUGAAGCAGCACUGCAACACGCGUCGACGCAUCAGCGUAUAGGCGGCGAAAAUGCUAUGUUAUGUGCGUAUUGCAGCUUCGACUGUAUGGGAAACAGCAUAGACUUGGUGAUGCACGUAUUCAAGAGCCAUGGGACGUGCCCCUACGUGUGUGGGCACUGCUUCUACCGGGCGGCGGCAAGCCAGUCCGUCGUGGCGCAUAUAAGCAGAGUCCAUCGAGGAUUGAAGCCGCUGAUCCUCAAAUCGCCUGUGAAUCCUCAGCCACCACCCGAUGACUCGAAGCUGUCGCGAGAGGCUGCGGUCCAAUAUUACGUGUGUGCUGGCGCUUGCAAGUACCGUAACUACGUGGCGAAAAAGUUCCAAGAACAUUUGACACUUGCGCAUGCGUCGGACACAUGGGUACAUUGCUAUAUUUGCUCGGAGACCAGAGCGUCGGCCGCCGAGCUACUGGUCCACAUGAAGAGCCACGACCUCAACAUGUAUCAGUGCACGUGGUGCGUCCACGGCGCCGACAACGAGGCGCAGUUGCUCGCGCAUUCGUCUGCCAAGCAUCCUGACAAGCCGCCUGCCGCGUACGUCCGGAUGAUCACUAAGAAGGACGGAUCAGAAGAAUACAGAGUGCUACCGCAAGUAUCAUUUAACAAGUCCAAAGCUCCCGUCGAAGAAAUCACACCUUCAGGCAAAGUGGACAACCCUGUCAGGGAGGCAGAAAGGUCCAUCGAGCUGGAGAAGCUCAUUGGGACAACGCAGCAGAUGAUGGAGAGCAUGGCCACCAUGACUCCUGUACAGCCCACCGCUGCGCCCUCGCCGCCUGAAGAAGAACCCGUGACUCAGGCUGUCAUCACCAGGAUCACUCCACCAGAACCUGAACCGGAGCCAGAACCGACGCCCGUCGAAACUCAACCAGAACCAAUGCCCACACCCACCAGUCUAGAAGAAGAACGCAGCCGAAUGAAGACGCCAAUCCUCAAAACAGAGCCCGAAGAACUCCCAACGCCUUCUAAAGACUUAUCCGGAGAAGUGGUGUACUGCCUCGAUAGCGACGAUGAGGAUCACGAGCCGGCGUCACACGUCAUCGACCUCUCAGAGGAGGAGGCCACGCCCACGCGCGUAUCGCCCUCCCCCCGCCCUUCUCCCUUCGCCAAAAUCUCCCAAAAAGAACUCUUCACUUGCCCCAAGUGCUUCGUAGCGUUCAAGAACAGCGGGGGCUUCAAGCGCCACACCAACAACUGCUUUGUGAUCGGAGUCGUGAAAUGCCCCCACUGCCCUAAAGAGGUCCUCAACAGAGACGAUCUGGUUUACCACUACGUACGCGACCAUGACGGCGAACAGGCCAGCAUAUGCGGCAUCUGCAAAGAAAGGUUCACCGCCAUAAACCUCGCGAAGAGACACAUGAAGCUCGCACACAAGAUCUCCAAGAUGAUGGUCAGCAGCAAUAAACUGCAGAACCAGAGGUUCAUGUAUACUAUCGUACCGGUGGCUCCUGAAAAGCCUGGGCCGAAGCCAGGAUCUGCGGAUAAAACUGACAAGCAAGCACCGAAGAGGAAAAUUAGCGGAACUGGUGGCGAACCUCCUGCGAAGAAGCGCUAUGGACCUCAAGAUGUAAAUCAGUUACCGAUCAACCCGAUUCUCGACGAAGCGGUGCAUUGCUCCGAGUGCGAAUUCAGCACCAAAGUGCGCCUGAAUAUGGUGCGGCAUCUACAAUUGCAUGCGCAGCAGCAGCCCGCGCCUAACACUGCACCCGUCAACCCUGUCCCGCAUUUAGAAACCAAUGAGAUGCAUUUUGACAAGAUGGUCAACCUGGCAUCCAGCUCUAUAGUCACUCGUGGCCCUGAAAAGACUCCAACGACCGUAACCUCUCAAAUAACGCCGGAAGAAGCGGAGAAAUACCCCAAAUAUGUCCCAGAAAGACAGCGAUACGCGUGCGGUGCCAAAGACUGCUCGUACAUUUCACUCGAUGAAGCCAUGUUUAACCGUCACUGGAACACUCUCCACUCCACUCUACUUCAGUUCCAUUGCGUGCAUUGCUCACGUAAUCUAUUCGAUGCACGCCCACUUACAUUUGAGCGCAUAAUGGAGCAUCUAAAAAUGCACGAAUCGUCAACUCUGUACGGGUGUUCCGCGUGUAUGUACUGCCAUUACAAGAGGGAUUCGGUGACGACGCAUCUUAGCACCGUGCACAGUAGAACCGGGAGGUUUAUUGUGAUACGGGAGGAGGUGGAAACUAGCAGCCAGCAACCUGCAGGCAGCCAACGAAUGGACUUGAAACUGUGGCAGUGUGGACUGUGUCCGUUUAAGAGUUUGUUACGGCCAGCGAUUGUGGAACACUGUGGGAAGCAUCAUCAGUCUAAGAUGCAGUACAAGUGUGGGUGUUGUCCGUUCAAGGCUUCGUCCUUGGAGACGGUUCAGAAGCACCAGGGGAACUCUCACCCUGGGAGGACGGAGGAGGUGGUGCAUAUGUUCUACCAGGAAGGCGCGGUGCCGGAUGAACCGGAUGGCACACCGCGGUGGCAGCGUCAGCGCCUAGGCGCCGGCAUUACGCAGGCUGAGACCGAGGUCAAACCCGAAAUCUCUGACCUCACUCUAGCUCAGCUCAUCGCCUCUCCUCAAAAGCCGGUAUCCCCAACGCCCUUGCCUGCCGUAAACCUGAACAUAGUGAAGCAGGAGCUGACGGAUUCCUUCCCUGAUGACGACGAGCCUUUGGACGCCCUCUGCCGGAAAUAUGGCCAGUUCUGCGAGCCCAAUGGCCUGAGCUACAAGUGUCCGCUAUGCUCGACAGUCGAGAUCACCCAGGAGGCUAUGCAAUCGCAUCUCUUUGAAGAACUCAAGUAUAGGAGAUGGGAGUGCGCGAUGUGUUCAUACCGCGCGUUCCACGGCGCAGGACUAGCGGAGCACGUGGCAGCGGAGCACCGCGGCCGCCACAUGCCGCCUCGGGCUUUGCCCCGCGACAUGGCGGUCGAGAAGUGGGUCGCGGCGUUGUUACAGCACCAGGGAGCGGCCAUUGUUAAUAACAAAGAUAACCUAUCCAAGCAGAAGAUCCUCACGGAACGUCCCCCAAAGCCGACCAAACCCGACACGCCCGUGCCCGAAGAGCCGAAGCCGAAACCGACCAUGACGGAGCUGGAGAAGGCUUUCGGCCCGUUCGGCCAGCCGUGUAGUAUGAUGUACUGCUGCCCCAAGUGCUCUACUAAAAUUAAGGAUGAGGCUGCUAUGAGAGACCAUUUGGAAAGCGAGCUUACGAAGAUUAGAUGGCACUGCAGCCACUGCGCCGUGACCUUCCAGACGUACCACGAAGCGCAGUUCCAUUGCAAGAGCGCGCACCCGCGGCAGUCCGCGCGCCCGCGCGAGGCGGCACGCGACCCCGCGCUCCGCUCCGCUUGGCUCGCCGCUGCCUUGCAGGUCCAAAAACUAAGCAUGAAGUCGCUUCCCAUCACGCACACGCCGGCACCGGAGCCGCCGCCAGAACCGGCGCCCGACAACUCGCUGCUCGUCGUCCGCUACGAGGAGAGCGUCUCCACCGAAGAGCCUGCGCCGAGGAACCCACCACCGACCGCUCCUCAAAUAUCUCGCAAGCGGCCUCACAGCACCGACAGCGACGACGAUCGCCUGGUGAUCGACGAGCCCGGCCCUGCCUCCGCUGGCCCCGCCCCCUCCACAGGCCCCGCCCCCUCGGGACAGGGCGUGGCCAAGAAGCGCACCGGCGCCGCGGCGGGCGGAAAGUGCCCGUUUUGCGACAUGACCACCAAAUACAGUCAUGUGCUGAGAGACCAUAUUUGCAGCCACUACCGAGUGAAGCCAUACACGUGCACCGCGUGCGGCUUCCAGGAGAACAGGAACAAAGUGCGCGCGCACGCCGCCGCCGCGCACCGCGGGCACAACCCGCUGCACCUCGUGCGGCCCACCACGCUGCCGCCGCAGCCGGUGGACCAGCCCUGGAGCCCUGCGCCGCUAGCUUGCCUGGCCUGCAACGAGGGCCUGUCGCAGAUAUCCGCCGACAUUCACCGUCUCUCGCACCCCAACCAUAUGGUCGUGCCCAAGACCGCAACCGUUAUCAAGUGCACGACGUGCGGCACGCGGCACGCGAGCGCCGCCGAGGGCCGCGAGCACGCCGCUCGCGAGCACGCCGGCCAGCCGCGCGCGCUCGCCACCUACCGAAUGCUCGCCGACGUGCGCCGCUGCCUCUACUGCAACAACUGCGCGGCCACCUACAGAGAGAUGGCUCUGCACAAUAAAACCGCGCACCCUGACCUACCCCCUGCGGUCAAAGAAGAAUUACAACUCAGCUUUAUAGCUAAGCUGGACGACGACGAACCCCCCAAGAAAGUCGCCAAGAAAUCCACCACGAAACUACCCGCGCAAACCGUCGCAAAGAAAUCUACCACCAAACUACCGUUCUUCUACUACGACGAGUCCGACGUGGAGGAAUACUCGUACUACGGUACCAAACCGACCCCGAUAGAAAAUUACGAGAACGUCACCACUCUUAUGUCGUUCUGUAAUACCAUGGUGCCAUUUACCAUGAAGAAAUUGAGUGAGAUCAUCGAAAUUAACCCCCGAGUGAUUGUUGAGGAUUUGGAAAAGAAACCCACUCAUCAGUGAGUGUUUUUAAAUUGAUCAGUGAAAGUGAGUGUUGUAAAACUAGCCAUGACAUGGCGAAAAUCUGUGAUUUUUUAACGUUAAUGUAGCGGUGUGUUGGAUUAUGUAUACACAUCUGUGUAAUGUCAAUUUGUAUUCACUGUUUAUAUUCGCAUACCAGUUGUAUAUUUGAAGUAUUAUUAAUGUAUGUGUCUAAAGUAUAAAUAUCGUGUAUAUCCUAGAAUUUAGUUUGAUUCGAUUCACAGUUAAACUGUUUUUAAUGUCUGAAUUUAUAAGUAGAUAGAUAUAGUGCUAAGAACGAUUUGUCUGUUUACACACAAUCCAACAUAGUGCUUUCAAAUAUUCCUAGUUGUAGGUUUAAAUAGUGAUUGUAUUGAAAUAGGAUCGGCGGCAUUUGUUUUUGUUAAAAUAUCUCUAUGAUUCUGAUUUUUUUUGUGUCAUAAUACAUGAACACUUCUAGUAUUUGUUAGAUUAGGCAAAAAUAUAGUUAACUCUGUUGAAAUAAAAAAAAAUUA